AUGGGCACUCUGAAAUAUUUACCCUCUCUUUCUAGGGUCAAACAUAAUUUAACCAUCUGCUGUUCGCACAUUGACCGAUACUUUGCUGUGUGCCAUCCAUUCAUCUACAGCCGCUUCAUAACAAGACAGUUUGUGAUAGGCAUCAACAUCUACUGCUGGGUUUAUAAUUUUGCACACUUGCUCGCCAGGAAUGUGUUGCCACUUUCCAAAGCGAUACAACUGUACGUGUUCAGCAUUGUCUUCUUCCAACUAAUCGUGCUCGCCAAGGUGGUCAUGACCAUCAAACUGUAUUUUGCUGAGAGAGACCCCCCACUCCCCAGCGCAGACAAAAAAAGGACAGCAACGAAAGAGUCUUUGAGAAUUAUCAUUUUUGUUGUCAUAAGCUUCUUGGUGUUGUGGUGCCCCUCUUUUGUGAAUAUAGUCAUCAGAUUUGUGGCAGGAGGAGGACUGACGUUCAGGAACGAGGCCACCAAUAUUUUUGCCAUCAUGGCUCGUUUGAACGCUGUGUGCACACCGUCUGUGUAUAUAUGGGGGAGUCCGGCUCUGAGAGAAGCCACAGUGAGGACAGUGUGGGGCAGAGUGUGUCCGAGGUGCAACAGGAGGUAA